AUGCUCGACGGGGAUGACGCCACCUCAUCGUCUGACUCCCAAGCCUCUGCACCUCCUGACGAGAGUGUGAGCGGUCAGAUGCCGAUUGAUAGCAUUCAUCUUGUCGAGCACCAGCAGUGUCAAAAACACAUCAAGCCAACAAAUAGCCCCAAUAUCUUUAGAACACACCAACAAGAACACUUAGUCAGAGAACCAUAUGCUGGAUAUGAUGAUAACCAAGAUGAAAUUCUGCAAGUUGAAAAUCCUUCUGAAAAGCGAGUCGCAUCACCACGACCAUGGGAGGGUAGACGUAGUAGAUGGCCCAUUUGAAGACAGGACGGUGCAAGAGGGCCAUGACCUUUUGAUUAACCGCACUGGGAGCUAAAAACGUGGAAGAUAUUGAUUCGCGCGACUACGAUAAGCUGCGAAAAAUCAAAAUGAAUGGCGUUCAUUUACGGAAGGUCAGUACUUGGCUGGAUGAAUGCAGCUACCUACUUACUUUCUUGUGCCGCUUGCCCGCGCUUCACCUUCUAGCCUUAACCCUAAAGUGUGUCGACUUAAGAAACUAAUCUGAACUCAUCUGCCUGUUGCUCUUGACGGAAAACGUGCUUAACAAAGAGCUCAUUGACUUAUGCAUAGUUCCAACAGCUCCGCUCCGGGCAUGUUGAGUUGUAGGAGCCUGUAGACGAGAUAGAUUUGGUAUUGGUGGAAGAUGUAUCAUCGCUACUUUUAGAAUAUUGAUGAAGAUGUGGAAAUUAUCCCGCAUCAUACCGAUCCCCGCGGUUCGAAAAGCUUCACGUGAUACUUUUUAUGCAUCGUCGUUCUAGUUGGCCAGCCCGGCCGCUAGCUUUCAUCUACAUUUCUGACUUUCCUCCUCCUGUUCUUGUCUGUCACAAUUUCUGAAAUGCAGAGAUUUCACUUGCUUACUUAGUUUUUUUUCUAAACAAUAUAUGCGUGCUGAAAUAUAUGGAAUAUGCAUUAUAAGAUGUGGAGAACAAAUAGAUCGAAGAUGGAUCAUAGAAACAGCUAUGAGUACGGCCCCUUUUAUUCAAAAGUGAGAAUGAUUAGACGUCACAAGCACAAACACAGAGGUGGGCCACUUGUUUACGGUAUGGCCGGCCUGCAAACACACAUUCUUGUUCCAUGGGGAGCCUUCCACGUCACCGCUUAGGUCCUCUACUCCUUCCUCCUUGCAGUAUCUGCCGGAGGGGGCGUUGCACGGGCAGUUGUGGUUGUCACUAGUUCUUGUACGAAGCAGUCCAUGAACAGACUGAGUCAGGAAUAAAGAUCAUCAUGAUCAUAUUUGUAUAAUGUCGAUAAGGAUAAUGUUCUUCAGUCGUUAGGCAAUGUGAAUCCAACUGAAU